UUACUGAUCACUCACAAGUCAAAGUUAUGAAGUUAGGAUGACAGGUCACUUAUUGUUAAAUAGGAACUGAACAAGUGAGUGACAGUAAUAGUUACAGUUACUUUCCCAGAACUUCCCUGUCACAUUUAGUCUCACCCAGCUUUCAAAGGAAGUCUUGAGAGCCAACACCCCAAAGGUGUCAUCACCUCUGGUAUUUAGUCAGGGGUGAGGUAUAACUAGCCCUCUCUUAAUGGAAUAAAAGCCUAAAAAAAGCAUGUCCAUCGUAGCUGUAGAUGCUGAUGACGACGAACUGACGAACAAACCUAAAUGAAGAUGAAACAAACCCAAAACAUUCCCUCAGCUUUGAGAACAGGUUGUCAAGGGCAAAAUCUCAUCUGCAACCAAUGUGUUUACCUGCAGGAAAUAAGUGGACGGACAUCUUUCAUGGAAUAUAUUUUAAAACAUCACUUUGUUUGUGUUGUGAUGUUGAAAUGAGAACGCUAAUUGAAUCUCAUCCACAUAGAAAUGAGAUGCACCUUCAAACUGAUUUUAUGUCCAAGGGGAAGUAUGUGCAAAGCAAACAAAAUGAGACCCAUAAUGGAACCUUGGGGCGUGCCAGAAGACCGAGCCGCUGAUCUGAAAAGCUGUCGUCAGCAAGGUUUUCUGACAACGCUGUGCACCUGGAUGGUGAUUCUGCUGCAAAGCUCAGACAGUGCAGGACAUGCUCUAAAGAAACAUGCAGCAGGUGAUUCAUGCAAACCGAAAGAGCUGACCGCCCUCACCAAAAGUCUUGUCGAAGAGAGCUUGAAAGGUUUUGACAAAGCCAAUGGGGAACAUCUCGGCACUUGGUCUCCAGGCUUCCCUCAGCUCAAGGUUCACCAGGACUCUUCUGCCGAUGGGUCCAAAGUUCAGUGCAGCCUCCUCUUCAUGGCUCAAGGCCUGGGGAAAGUCCUGGAUGACCAGAAGAACAACCUCAAUCCCACUGAUGUUUCACUCCACGAGAAGCUCAAGAACGCCAUCUCCAAGGUCAACAUGCUCACAGCAUGUGUGAAGGACGUUCUCGGAGGCGCGUGCUCAGAGAAGCCAGCCCCACCCACUAUGCCCAAGCACACGUUUGAUAGGAAGCAGUGGAGUCACACUCUGCUGAAGACAGCCAGGGACUAUCUGGCCUGGUUGGAGAGUAAGGUGGUCCACAUUCCAAAGGUCAAAGGGAAAAGUAAGAUAAAGCAUAAAGGUCCGGAGGCAACACACAAAAAGCACUUAGCGGGGAGUGGAUAUCUCUUGUAAUCUCAAUAUGCGAUGCAGACGCAGUUUACAGCAGCUUUUCGUUAGUGGUAAAGGAAUUUCUGAAGAUUUGUUUACGGGUCAGUUCACCCCAAAAUCCAAAAUAUGUAUUGUUCCUCUCACCUGUAGCAUUAUUUAUCAGUCUAGAUAGAUUUUGUAUGAGUUGCAGAGUGUUGGAGAUAUCAGCCGUAGUCAGCAUUUGAAAACCUCAACUGUAAUGUCUCCUUCCGGAAAUCAUGGCCCAGAUACUCAAGAUAAUCAACAUAACUUGUGAGCAUGUAGGAACUAUUUUCUUUGUACACACACUAACCAUAUCACCGUGCAGAAGGAAAAGUGCAUCUACUGCUAGUUUACCUAGCACCGCUGAGCUAGCUAACGUUACAGCUCAGCUGAAGUGGACGCCAUUAAUGUUUACAUCUUGUGCUGUCAUGAGCAUGAGCCGCUCGUCCGUGAGUAGAUGCACACUUCCUUCUGCAAAGUGAUGUGUUCCGUGGGUGUGGUUUGGUAGAAAGAAAAUAGUUCCUACAUGAAACUGCUCACAACAAGGUCUGUAGAUUAUCUCGAGUAACUGGGUCAUGAUUUCUGGAAAGAGACAUUGCUGUUGAGUUUUUCAAAUGUAUUUAUUUGGCGCUUUGAGCACCACAAGCCGAGUGCCAUCUAGUUCUGUUAUACUGUAGAAAAGGCAGACAUCUCUAGGGCCGAUAUCUCCAACACUGGGCAACUCACAUCAAAAUAAUAUAGACUGAUAAAUAGCACUAUGGGUAAGAAGAAAAAUAUGUGUUUUUGAUUUUGGGGUGAACUGUGCCUUUAAUGCUCAUUUGUAAUGUAUACAGCAUUUUAACAUUUGAAAAAAUUGUGUCUAACUUUUUAUAGAAUUUAAAUGAAUAGAUUUUAAAACAAUUUUCCAGAAGUGCUUCUUUUAAACAAAUAGUUAUAGAUAAUAAAAAACGCUGAUUAAAUCAGAAUUUUCACUUUUUUUUAAGUGUUUAUAAGUGUAGUACAACAUUUUGGGAAAUAGGCUUAUUUGCUCUCUUGCUGAGAAUAAAGUGAGCACUAGUCUCAUCAAACUCUCAGCAAGCUAGAAAGCACAUUUCCCAAAAUGUCAAACUAUACCCAAAAUGUCUUUGUUCAAAUAAACUUGCUACUUUUAAGCAACUGACAGCGUUCCCCCGUGACAGUAAUUAAUCAACGUGCCAAAUUAAUACAAUUCCUGAUUGCGACAGUUUGUUUUCUCAGCCUUCAUGAUGAUUAAUUGUUUUGCUCUGGCCAUCUAUCCCCUGUGAGCGGUGCUACGUUGCCUGAGGUAGAAAGAGAAGCUGAUAAGAAUCACCUACAGAGAGCCACCAGUUUGGACUCCAAUCACUGUACUGGAAAUUGCGGACAGAUGGACAGUGCACAGUGAGGCAGAUAAGUCUGUCAAAGUCCCGUCAAAGUGAUGCGAGGGAACAACAACACUAUAACAAAGAUUAAUGUGGGUCUUGUCCUCCUCAAAUGAAGUGAUCAAUUAAUAUUCAAUUAGAAGUUCCAGUGUUUGGUGGCUCUGAAUGAGCUUUAAACAAGCCUGAUUUUUUUUUUUUUUUAACAAAACACAGCUUUUUGAAUGCUUUGACUGUACCAUCUGUUUGUACCAUUAAUGUAAUAUUCAUUUUGGCUAAUAAAAUACAACAACUG